UUUUUUUUCAGGUGCAGUCAAACUAGAAAUAUUUCAGUUGUAGAUGGAACAUGUGGUGACGUCAAUGCUAUUUCUUGGUCCGGGGUAAUCAUGAAAUCUUGCAGUUCAGCUAAAACAAAUCAGAGCAAUCAAACCAACCAACAAGCAUGUCAAACCGUUCAGCAGCUUAAUAUGACAUUCGAACAAGAACUUCCAGUAUUUGACUGGACGAACAAUAUAACAUACCGAAGUAUUGCUUGUGGAAAAUGCAACAAUGCAAAAAAUUUGUCAUUUUGGGGUUUCGAAGUAACUUGUUCACCUGGUUUGCAACCUCCUCUCCACAACACCACGGCUCUUAAGACAUUCGUAAGGAAACAUGACAAGUGCUCUUGGCAAUAUAAACCAUUUCCAAACCGCAGGCAGUAUCAUAAGUUCUGUGUGAUGCAAGAUUCACUUUGUGCCUCCAAGCAGGUACAGCUCCCAAUCAUGUCUACCAUAAGAGAAUUGUGUUUUUCAUACUCCAUGGUCUUUUCGUUUGCCAGUGGUCAAAACGAACUCCACUACAGAAACCCUCACUGUGCUCUUUGUAACCCAGAGGGAAGACACUUGAAAAAGAAAGAAGAACAAGGAGGAGGAGGAGGAGAAGAAGAAGAAGAAGAAGAAGAAGAAAGCGACGAUAUCGAAAGUGGAAGACCAGAAUCUGCCUCGGUGGCACCACUGACAAUUCUCUUUGACGUGAGCUCCGAUAUUUUAAUUAACGAAGCAAUAAUGCCUUCUCCAACACAAGAUUACAAUCUGAUAUCAUUUGCGUACAACCAGACAUCGUUUGGUUAUAACACGACCUGGCAGGAGUUUUACUGCGAUUCCAAUAAGAACUGCACCGUCACCUUUGGAAUUGCUGUAAUUCUUGGUUACAUCACACUUAUCGGAUCAGUACUUUCCGUUGUAUCUUUAUGUUUUCUUCUCGCAGUUUAUAUGUCUUUUAAAGAACUUCGGAAUCUACCUGGAAAAUGCCUCAUCAGUCUCUCAUGGGCGUUGUUGUUUUAUCAAGUUAUAUUCCUCUUCACUAAAACGUCCAAAGAAGUCGACGGUGUUUGCAAAGCCAUUGCGAUUGGUCUUCAUUUCUUUGCUCUAGCUGCUUUCUCGUGGAUGAGUGUCAUGGCGUUUGAUACAGCUUGUACUUUCACAGCCCAAGGUCAGUUGAAAUUCAUUGAGAGCGGGAGGAGUUAACGUAAAUAACAAUAUUUUGCAUUGUACAUGAAGUAAAGCAAGAAAACCUAGUUAACAAAACAAAGAAGCAACUAAAAACCGUCUGGAUUAUAAAAAAGAUAGAUAAAGAAAACAAAGUUUCAAAUCCCAGGAUAGAAACCUUUUAGUACGUGCAAACUUUCGAAUCUAUCACGGAACCUUUAUCAAGAGAUGCAGUUGGACAUUUUGUCACGGGAUUUACACAAUUAAUCACGUGACAAAACGUCCCGUUAGAUCGCAGGGAGCUCGUAACCAGCGUCCCUGUUUAAUGUUUCAGCUCGACGAAAUACAUCGAUAGCCUCCCUGACUCUUCUCUUAAACAUGCCAUCUUCUCUGGCGAGGAUCGAGGAGGGAGUGGCAUGAAUCCUCUCUUCUCUUAAAAAGUCGUCGUAUUAUUACUCAGUUGAACGAUUACGACUGAAGCUAAAAUGGAACCCGUUAAACGUUCAACAGGGUAUAAUCGUCAGUGAACAUGAAGGAAAUUAGUUUACUCUUAUAACUCUCCGGUGAUAAUGUGAAAGGUUAGAGAUCACGCGAAAAAAAAAGAGUACUGGUAGUGGCCCAUCGGCUAAAAAAUAAUUUUUACACUUGAAAACCCUAUCUUUUUUCAGUGAAGAAAGAGUUACAAGGGUGCCAACAACGGCAGUAGGGGACCACCUCGAGUGUUUAAAAAGGGCAAAACUAGAAACGUUUCUGUUACAAGAGAUAGUCAAGGACGUAUUUACUUUUUUAAAUUGACAGUGAGUGACACAUCAAGGCAGCCGUCAGACAUUACCAAGAGCUUUCUUAAGUACAGCAUCGUCGGAUGGGGUAUUCCCGCGGUACUUGCGGUUGGUUGUGCUGUGCUGGAUUCCACAGGAAUCUUUCAUAUUGGAUACGGUCUGUUUCCCUCCUGCAUUUUAGUUGUUGCUAUUUUACUUUGUUUAUCUAUUUAUUUAUAUAUAUAACAGGAGCACCUGGUUUAGAUAAAAGAAAAGAAAAGAUACAAAGAAAAUCAAAACAGAGAGUAGUACACUAAAUCACAUAGAGACACUCGACAAUUAAAAAUAUUGGACAGACUGGCCCUUGAAAUGCCGUUUCGUCAUGGACUUGAACAUAUUAAAGUGCGUUGCAGAUCUAAUAUUAGAGAACAGGAAUUAUGGGCACCAGUUACGCGCUAUUUUGUCAGGCGUCAGCUCAGUUAUUUAUUUUUCUCUUCUCUGAAACACAUUAUAUUUAAACGCUUCGUUUUAUGUUUUAGGGAAUUCCCUCUGCUGCUGGAUCUCCAACAAAACGGCAAUAUUGGUUGCCAUGGUGACGCCCGUGGGCCUCGCAAUGGCCUUUAAUGCUGUGUGCUUAUCCAAGAGCAUAUAUUCUAUUUAUAAUCUUCAGCAAGUACGUCUCAGUUAUUUUGCCUAGUCCCUAUACUAGGUGUCAUUUUCCGCGCGGCCUAUGCCUUUCGGGUCACGUAAAGGAGAAGGCAUGGGAAGGCGCCGUACAGGGACUGGGUAUAAGACUAGGUGACGUCUUAUUAAUAGCACACGUGUUUAUAGAGAAGCGUAUUGCGUGUUUACAUCAUUAUGUGCCGUUUAAUUACCGGAUCGUUGAAACGCUACGGACUCCCCGCUCUAAACUUGUUGAAAAAUUUUGACACACCAAAGUUCAGAUGACAAGAUACUGCACUGUUCUCGUGUUAUAUGUGUCCCGGAUUAUAAACAUAGGACGAUAUACCAGUUGACUUGUAUCUGAGGGUCUCAAGCCCGAAACGUUAACGGAAAACAUUGUACUCUUAAAGGCACGAUUUUGCUCCAUCCUUGCAGCAGAGCCUGCAUAAUAUUUGCCUUUUUCUUGAGUGAGGAGGAAAAAUCGAACAAGGGAAAGAAAGGCUCUGCUAACAGGAUGCUUUUUUUAAUAAAAAGUAAGCUAAUUUUAAUUUUCCUAUUGACCGUUUGGAGGUUGCGUCGGGUUAGUGAGAGUCUCCCACGCAGACGUUCCUAAGGUCUCGUCACGCGUUCCUGCCUAAGAAGGACGCGUGACGAGCCAAAAAAAGUAAGCCUACGAACCGCAGACGUAUUUCCGGUGGUCGCUUCGUCCUGAAAUACGUCCGCGGUUCGCAGGCUAAAACAAAGUCUGCGUAGGGGCCUAGGUCAGUGGCGCGUGGGACUGGGUCGGUGCUGUGUCGAAAUGCAGUAUGGGGCUGUCUUUGGGACGCUGUCGCCUCUUUUAUGCUCAUAACGAGGUUGCGCAGAACACUUAGUCAAUAUUUGUCUCCUAAAACAAUUCCAUAGUGCAAUUAUACACAACAUCGAACCAGUCUUCCGCGCAACCUUAAAGUGGCCAAUAGGAAGACAUGAACUGCCUUGACCAAUCAGAACCUUAAAUGGAAAUGUUUGCGCAGCUGUACUGAGAAAAAAGGAUCAAAAGCAACCGGUUUUUUAUGGACGCUUUUAAGUAGAUGGAGAGAAAUGAAUCGACUGACAUUUGGCCAUGGUUCUCCACGCGAGAGGACGACGGGCUGACAACGAUCGCAAAUUUCAUAGUGUCAUUACAGAACAAUCGGUUUUAUGAAAUAAAACACAUAACAUGAAAGACAACUUAAUUGAUUGAUCCCAAUGCAAUGAGUUGACUUUAAUACUAGAUAAAUUUCCCAUUUUCCAGGGCGCCGGGCUUGCAGCGGCCAACUCUCCCAGAGUUUCUCUAGUUGUCAUCAGCAUCAAACUGACUUCAGUCAUGGGACUGACCUGGAUUCUGGCACUCAUCACCAACUGGCAACAAUUUGCUUUUCUGCAAUUUCCUUCAACCAUUUUAAACAGCUUGCAAGGUAUUAUGUUAAAUGAUCUCAGGCUUAGAAUGUCCAAGACUAUUCUUUUUCAGUUA